CCUACUCUUCACCCAACCCCCCCUUCCACACUCCCCCACCUUCACAAACCAGCCUUUUGGUCAACUGUGCUGUCCAAGAUGUCAAACUUUCCCGCUGAGCCCGUGACGAAUAUUGAAUGGGAGAAAGUCGGCGUCUCCUUCUUGGACGUCAACGGCCACGUGGAAAGCGACUUCAACUUCCAAACUGGAACAUGGUCGGAUCCUGUAUUCGUGGAAGACCACUAUCUCCGAGUCCAUGGCCUCGCGCCAGGGCUGAACUAUGGACAGCAGGUGUUUGAGGGCAUGAAAGCCUACCGCAACAAACGUGGCCAGAUCCAAGUCUUCCGUCCCACCGACCACGGCCUCCGCAUGCAGCGCUCCUGCGAAGCUGUCUCAAUUCCCGCCAUCCCCGAGUCCCUGUUUUGGAACGCGGUGAAUCUCGCCGUCGCCCGCAACAGCGAGUUCGUGCCCCCGCACGAGACCGAAGCGGCCCUGUACAUCCGGCCCCUGGCGUUUGGGUCCGGCGGCUGGAUGCCGGUGGCGGCCGGUAUGCAGUACAAGUUCUGUGUCUAUGCACUGCCAUUCUGCGCCUACCACGGCACGCUACCGGUGGAUGCGGUGGUGCUUGAGGAGUUGGACCGCGCUGCCCCCGUAGGCGUUGGGAACGUCAAGGUCGGCGGCAACUACGCGCCGGUGCUCAAAUGGAGUGAUAAGGCCCGGAAGGAGGGGUUCGGGAUCACCCUGCACCUGGAUAGUCGGACGAGAAGUGAAAUCGAUGAGUUUAGUACCUCGGGGUUUGUCGGAAUUAAGUACAGUGACGGUGGGGUAGAGGGAGGAUAUACCUUGGUUGUGCCGAACAGUCGGUGUGUGAUUAAGAGCGUGACGAGUACGAGUGUGAUCGACUUGGCCAGGUCUCUCGGCUGGAGGGUGGAGGUUCGGCCUAUCCCCUACGACGAGCUCGCCUACUUCGACGAGGUUAUUGCUGUCGGCACGGCGGCCAUGAUCACCUCCAUCCGAUCGAUUACGCACCGGUCGAAGGACCAGGUGUUCAAUUAUAAGACUAGCGACAAGCCGGGCAGUGUCUGUGAGAAGUUGUCGACGAAGCUGAAGGCGAUUCAGAAGGGCGAUGUGGCGGAUUCGUUUGGCUGGUUGAGGCAGGUGGUGGAUCCAGAAGCCCGAGAACAGACUCAGCCAGUUGUGGAGGUCACUGCCAACUAGAAUAGUUUAUGGGUAUCGGUGUCUUUCCAAAAUCUACCAUUUCACUCC